CCAGAAAUCAGUUACUUAGAUAUAUAUUACUUUUUUUGUUUGUUUUCAGUAACAAAGAUGAUAAUGAAUACAAAAUCAUUGACUAUAUCAAUGUUUAUCAUGACUUUGUUAAUGAAGAGAUCUGAUCCAAGUCCGACGAUUAAUGCAAUAAUCAAAGACAGAUGGGAGAAAUUUUUGAUAAGGCAGGAGAAUGAGGAAUUUUGGUAUAACUUCUUUGAACUUAUUCUAACCUGGCUUGAAUCAUGCUAUUUUAAGGGAUCACUAUGGAGAGCAGCACUGUUUCCUAAUGAAACAAAUUGAAUAUAAAAGAAGAAUAAAUCAAUACAAAUCAAUAUUGUUACAUAAUCUGUUGAACAUAUAUGCUACAUUUUUAAAUUGUUA